ACUGACGUGUUCGCGAUAAGGUGCCCGCUUGUUUAGAUCGAGUCAUAAAAAUCAAAACAACGUUAUCAAGUCAUAAAAAGUUUAAUAAACAAAUAAUCAAGUGACAAUUGUUUACAUCAAGUGUUAUCUUAGUGCAUAGUGGCGUAUUACUAGGAUAUCUUUGCAAAAAGUGAUCAGUGAAUAUAUCAUUACAAUCAUUAUUUGUGGGUGUAUACCGAAAACGAAUGUUGUCCUAACAGUUUGUGUACCCUGCAUGCGCAAUUAGUAAAAUAAUCACAAAUAGUUGACAGUGCCAUCAGAGUUUCGUCAGAAAACGCAAUUUUGUAGUGCCGUAUAGCGCAACACAAUUAUUAAGUGCAGCUAGGUCUGUCUGUCUGCCGUGCGCGCAUAAAAAUUGUUGUACCUACGCAAUGACUAAAUGCGGAGGCUGUAGCAAACACAUACCGCGGGGUGAUGUGACUAAAUGCGCCAAAUGCUCCAAAUGCGUUACUGUCUAUCACCCGUACUGCCUAAAGGGGGGUGAUCAAGAUGCACGCCCUGACACCUGGCUGUGCCCUGCGUGCGCCCCGGCGCCGGCAGCCGCGGAGACCAUCCCCGCCUCCCCCCUCACACGGGCAGUGGCGAGCAGCCCGGAGGUGCCCGAGCUGGUCGUGGCUGAGGACCGGCUCAAUUCCACGGCGAACGACACCACCGAGGAGUUCAAGGUGGAACUCGGGCUCGAGAUGCGGCUCUUCCGCCAGGAGCUGACAGCGGUCCGACAGGAGAUCCAGAUGUUCCGCAGUGAAAUGAUGGAGAUGAAAAACUCCUUCACUGCAACAGAUCAGCGUCUCAACACACUGGACUCGCGAGUGGACUUGCUGGAGCAGCGGCUCACGGAGGGGACGGGCUCGCGGCUCGAGGCUGUCAUAGCAGAAUUGCGACUGGAGCUCAAUGAGAAAGACCAGGACCUGCUUGAAAACGAUGUGGAGGUGACAAAUCUUCCGGAGGAGAACGGGGAGAACCCCAUGCACCUGAUACUGUCAGUGGCAUCUAAGCUCGGGGUUGACCUGCACGAGUCAGACGUGGUGAGCGCGGAGCGUGUUGGUGCGAGGAACAGGUGGAGCCGGGCGCCGGGCGACAGCGGGGAGGGCGCGGGCGCGGGGGCGGGCCGGCCGCGGCCGCUAGUGGUGCGGCUCACGCGACGCGCGCUCAAGGAUCAGCUGACUGCAGCUGCGCGCGUCCGCCGCGGGGCCACCUCGGCCGACCUCGGCCAGUCCUCCGCGCCGCGCCCCUUCUAUGUCAACGAGCGACUGACCAAAUUAAACCGGAAUUUAUUUCGUCAAGUCCGGGAGGCAGGAAGAAGUCAGUCCUGGAAAUACACCUGGACCAAAAAAGGUCGUAUAUACGCGCGUAAAGGCCAGGACACUCCCCGCCAGUGGAUUCGCACUUUUGACGAUAUUUCUCGUGUGUUUGGUGUACAAUCUAAAUAAAAAAUACUUUCGGCAAACGUUAAUACAUAAAAAUUACUUUGCAUUUGUUUUUAUGCACGCUAACUAUAGGGAUUCAUUUAUGAACUGUCUACUCUUUAAUAUUACAACUAGGCUACUUACUAAAUAUACAACUCACUGUAUUAUAACUGUUUUCUCUGUGUUUUAUGAUUACUUAUGGACCGGUUACUGCUGGUAUUUAAUUUUCAAAUACAUGUAUUUUAUAAUUUGUUUACUGUCUAACUUAUACACAUACUCCUACUCGCUACAUUACUACAAAAGCAUAUCCAAUUACAAUUAUUACACAUAUUAUAUACUAUUACACUCAGGUAGUAACAAGAAGUACUCCUACUGUACGCGUCACACAAAUUACCUUUAUAAAUAUAUUAUACAGAUACACCAUAACAUUAUAGGAAUAAACAACACAACAUAUAAAACUUUUUAUAUACCGCACAUAGCUACCCAUAGUACUGUGAGUAUCUGCAAUGUCUGCCCACACUGUCACAACUGGUCAAUACCUAACAUGCCAAGUUUAAUUACACAUAUUCUUUACCAGCGGUCCCAACUUUUUAUUAGCAAUGACAAUUAAAACAAAAUCACUUUGCAUUGGUCUUUUUAACGCGGGCUCGCUAGGCACCGGUCAUGACGAGCUUAUUGCCACUGUGCUCCGCUAUGACGUGGACAUCAUGGCCAUUAAUGAAACCUGGCUCCGUGAGGGGCAGGACGACCGUGCCCCGGUCAUACCGGGCUACAGGCUGCAUCACACGCCACGUCCUCGAGGACAACGGGAGCGAGGGGGAGGGGUAGGUUUUUAUAUAAAAACUGGUAUAAAGGCACGAUUCCGUACCCACCCCACCGCGACAGGUAUUGAGCAAAUGUGGUUGAGUUGUACCGUCAACACAAUCAAAUUGUUAAUUGGUACCGCUUACCGACCUCCGUGGCAAGAUUGCAACUCUUUUUUUGACGCCCUGACAGAUUCUGUAACUUCGUUUGUAGACUACGAUAAAACCAUAUUGCUAGGGGAUUUUAACAUUAACCUAUUAGGUACCAGUAUGAAUGAGAGCAAAGUGCGGCAACUCUGCGACUUUGUGAAUAGUGUAGGCCUAGCCCAAUUGGUCACUGAACCUACGCACUUCACCGAUAGUAGCGAGACACUGAUAGAUGUUGUGUGCGCGGAUACCGAGGUCAGACGACUAAACGUUGAGCGUAUACCCACACUGGGAAAACAUGCAUUUAUAACUGUAGACCUCAAUAUUAAAAAACCCAAGCCUACUCCGAAAUGGAUAACAUACCGGCCUUUAAAAAAUAUUUCAAUGGACCAAUUUAAUAGUGACCUAAAUUCGAUUCGCUGGGAAGAUAUUAAAACAUUACAAGAUGUAAAUGAAAUGGUUGCCGUAUUCACUGACUGCUUGAUCAAGUUAUUCGAUCUCCACGCUCCCGAGCGAACUGUACGGAUAAAAACUUUCAGCUACCCCUGGAUUACUGACAACGUUAAGUAUAUGAUGAGCUUGAGAGAUGCAGUGUAUAAAAAGUUUCGCGUCGCAGGCUCAGAUUCAAACAAAAAACACUAUAAGGACUUGAAAAGUUUAGUUACAGCCGCUAUUCUCAAUGAAAAACGAGCUUACUAUCAGUCCAACAUUAAUAAUAAUAUUAAAAAUUCAUCCACUCUAUGGAAUAAUCUUAAAAAAACAGUUAUGCGAAGCCAUAAAAAUACAGUACUCCCAGAACAUUUUACUAACCCCGACGAAAUUAAUCAACACUUUUUAAAUCUUCCCGGUAAUAACAGUCUAAAUUUAUCUAAUAUUAUUUACUAUGAAAGCAAUAAACACAAUCAACAUAACUUCAAACUACAAACCAUAACUGAAGAAGUAGUCAGCGGGUUAAUUAAAAAAUUCAAAUCAAAUGCGCUAGGAUAUGAUGGAAUAUCACUGGAUAUGCUAAUCCUCACACUUCCACGCACAUUAGACAUCCUUACUUUCAUCAUUAAUCAAUCCAUAACUUCAUCAAUUUUCCCCGAUCAGUGGAAAAUUGCAUUAGUAAACCCUAUUCCUAAAAAGUCAGACCCAACGGACUUUAAGGAUCUCCGACCAAUUAGCCUACUAUCUACCCUAUCUAAGAUACUAGAAAAAGUAGUACACCACCAAAUGUCCAAUUAUCUCGAACAAAACAAGAUCCUUCCAUCAGUGCAAUCCGGAUUCCGCAAGGGUAGAAGUACAACGACAGCACUCCUAGACGUGGUAGAUAACAUUCUCGCAUCCCAAGAUAAGGGUAAAUCCACCAUACUGACACUACUCGACUUUUCCCGCGCUUUUGACACGAUCAGUGUCCCGCUACUGCUGGCAAAAUUGACAUAUUAUGGUUUUGACCCCAGCACGGUGAGAUGGUUCUUUAGUUACCUAGAUCGAAGAUCCCAGAUUGUCAAGUUGAGAAAAUCUGAUGGUACAACUAUUUUAUCAGCGAACUAUUCAGUGACCAGGGGUGUGCCACAAGGAUCUAUCCUAGGACCUCUACUAUUUAUACUGUACGCCUGUGACAUCGCUUUGGAGGUGAAAAACUGUAGUUUUCAUGUCUACGCAGAUGACCUACAAAUAUACUUGUCAUGCCCCCCACACAAGACAGAGCUAACAUGUAAGCUCAUUAAUGAGGACUUAGAGCGGAUUACAACCUGGUCUAAUAAUAACUCCCUUCACCUUAACCCGAACAAAUCUAUGCAUAUGAUAAUUGGUACCAAAAAGCAGGUCAAAGAUACCCUAGCAGAAAACCCUAACAUUAUACUAAAUGGGACGGUUAUUGAAAGGGUUACAGAAGCGCGCAACCUGGGUCUUCUGUUUGACAGUAACCUACGUUUCGAGAAACAUGUUAUGAACAUGGUUACAAAUUGUUUUUACAGACUUAAACUUCUGUAUAACAUAAGACCGUACAUCGAUGAAGCCCUCCGUAUACAGUUGUGCGAAUCACUGGUACUAUCUAAAUUGAACUAUGCCGACACUGUAUAUGGACCGUGCUUACUGCGUAAAACAGAAAGGUUGGUUCAAAGGGUGCAGAAUGCCUGCGCUCGGUUCUGCUUCAACAUUCCCCCGCGCACUCAUGUUACACCCUUUCUAAAUAGGUCAAACCUGCUGAAGAUUGCGGCGAGAUGGAAGUUGCACCUGGCUACUCUCCUCUUUGGCGUCGUGAAGCAUCAGUCGCCAGAUUAUCUGUAUGAUAAGCUGAACUGGGCGCGCCAACACCACACCAUCAACACGAGGGCCUCCACGUAUCUGAUGCUCACCCCCAAGCACAAAUCAGCCAUGUAUCGGCAUAGCUUUAAGUAUCUUGCCAGCGACAUCUUCAAUAAUCUCCCACCCCCUAUACGUGGUCUGAAAACAAUUAACACAUUUAGAAAACGUUAUAAAAAUUAUUUACUAGCAGUUCAAAAGGCACAACCAUAAUUUCACUCACUUGAAUUUUAUCCACGAUGCGCAAGGUAGGAUUUCGUUUGCAUGGUUGCAGGCCCAUUCCCAUUAUUUUCUGCUACACACACACGUUCAUUGUUCAUAAUAUUCUUCUACACGCUUUGACAUUUCAUUUUAGUCCUUGGAACCUGAACAAUAAAGUAGUGAAUUAUAGUUAACAACACUAUUCUAAAAUUUUAGUACUUAUGAAUAUAUAUGUACCUAGUUAUUAUUUAUUUAUGUAUAAUACAUAUGAGUUAUAAUUAUCUAUGUAUACAUACACGUAUUUAUCACACAACAUGUUUUUGAUAACUUUCACAUACCAUUAUUAUUUCUCACUACAAAUAACACAAAACACACUACCAGUUCAAUGGCUUAGUAACCUAUACAUAUUACAUAA